GCCAAGCCGCGCGCCAAAUUUACGGUCCAGCAAAAUGACAAACGAACAAACACACUACGAUCCGGCUUGUUUGCCAGAUUUUCUUCCAAUAUAUUAUAAACGCCUUUUCCCGUAUGGCCUGUACUACCAAUGGCUGAAUUAUGGAGGUGUACCAAAGACGUAUUUUACCAACCGAGAGUUUUCAUUCACGUUGAAGGAUGACGUGUACGUACGUUACCAGUCGUUUGCAGACCAGCAGGAUAUGGAGAAAGAGAUCCAGAAAAGAUGUCCGUAUAAAAUAGACAUUGGGGCAGUGUUCACACACAGACCCAAAGACCACAAAACUGUUAAAGCAGCAGCUUUUCAAGCUCAAGAGAAGGAACUGGUCUUUGACAUUGACAUGACAGAUUAUGAUGAAGUUAGAAGCUGUUGUUCGGGUGCAGACAUAUGCCCCAAGUGUUGGCCACUUAUGAUUAUUGCUGUGAAGAUUAUAGAUACAGCUUUAAGAGAGGACUUUGGUUUUGAGCACCUGUUGUGGGUGUAUUCAGGAAGGAGAGGUAUUCAUUGCUGGGUGUGUGAUGAACAAGCCAGGAAAUUGUCUCAGAAUGCACGUACAGCUAUUGCUGAAUAUCUAAGUGUUGUCAAGGGUGGUGAGAAUCAAACAAAGAAGUGCACCCUGUAUGAUGAUAGUAUUCAUCCAUCUGUAAGGAGGGCGAUAGAUAUCGUGGAGGAUCAUUUUGAUGAUUAUGCCAUCCGUAAGCAAGAUUUUGCUGGAUCAGAGGAGAAGUGGGGGAAGGUGCUGGCACUGGUCCCAGAUGAUGCUGUCAGAUCCCAAGUUCUAGAGGACUGUAAGGAAGUUAAAGCCGAGUCCUCGAGGGCAAGAUGGGCCAUCUUGAAGAAAAGACAGCAGGAUUUUAAAGACAAAUGCAAGAAGUCGUGGUGCGUCACGGAAGAGAUCAUGCUCCAGUACUGCUACCCCAGACUGGAUGUUAAUGUCAGUAAAGGAAUCAACCAUUUACUGAAGAGCCCAUUUUGUGUUCACCCUAAGACAGGAAGGGUGUGUGUCAGUAUGGACCCUAAGAAGAUUGACAGUUUUAAUCCGUUCAAAGUUCCAACCCUGAGUCAGCUUUGUGAUGAAUUGAACCAACUGGAAAACAAGAGUGAAGAUGAUCCUAAGAAAAGAGUGAAAGACUAUAAAAGAACCAGCCUGAAAGAAUAUGCAGAAAUAUUUGACAAAUUUGUUCACAAGCUGGCGGGGUCUUGGAAAGGCAAGCUUAUAGAACAAAGUGAUAUCAAGAAGGAAUUUUGAAGUAUGUCAGCAAUCUUCAAGACAAAAAGGAUCAAUUUCAAAGAUAACAUGAAAGCAGCGUGACAAACUACUGGAUAUUGAACUACAUUCAUCAAGUUUUUAAAACUGACAUUUUCUUACAAUCUGUAAUAGCACUUGGCGACUAUAGGCUUGUUGGAACAAGAUGUCCUUAUUAUGGACCUAGAGUUUAAAGAAAACUAAAAUGUACCAGUUUCUUUGCAGUUCUCAGACAAGAUUUUCCAAAAGUGUACAUUUUCCUUUUUCAGUCAUUUUUAGAAUUUGAAAAUUUGAAAAAUCAUUUGCAGUGGAUGUGCUCGUUUAUCAGAAGAUACAUUUUUUCACUAAGUUA